AUGUCUCCACGAGGUAUAGCCAGUCUGCUGGCCAUGCCACCAGCCCUACGGCCAAUGUUCCUGCAGGCAGUCAUGGCCAUGCCCCGAUCCGAGUCUGCGGUGCCCCUCCGUACCUGCAGCCGCCGGCCCUACUCGUCGCGAUCGACCAAAGCUUCGCGCCCACGACGACCACCACCAUCGCCACCACCUUCGCAACCACCACCACCACACCCCCACAGCCGCGAUGAAGGGCCCCCACGCUCCUUCUCCUUCCAUCCCUCGCCCCCCACCGUCCAGCCGCCCAUCUCCCACCUCGUCUCCGAUACCCCUCCCCUCGGCCUGACCCGCUCCGCCUCGCUCUUCAGCAACCCCAAGUUCCUCUACUCGGCGCCGCGCUUCCUGCACCUGCCCAUCAACACGCGCACGCCAGAGGUAUGCCUGCUGGGGCGGUCCAACGUCGGCAAGUCGACCCUGGUCAAUGCGCUGGCCGGCCUCGGCGGCAAGCGGGCGGGCGCGAGCCACGGGUCCAAGAACAACCGCGCCGGCAUAGCCAUCACGAGCCCCAAGGCCGGCUGCACCAAGACCAUGAACGCCUACGGCUUCGGCCCGCCGCUGUCGGCCAGGCCCCUGACGCGGGCGGAGCAGGAAGCCCGCAAGGAGGGCGGCCGCGGGCGCGCCGAGCGCAGGUCUUCUGAGGGCCAGAGGAGGGAGCCCAUGCCCAGCCACAGUCUGAUCAUGAUGGACAUGCCGGGCUACGGCCUCAACUCGCGCGCCGACUGGGGGGAGGAGAUCCUCAAGUACCUCAACCGCAGGGAGAUCCUCCACGGCGCCGUGCUGCUGAUCGACGCGGUGGCUGGUGUCAAGCAGGGCGACAGGAUGGUGUUGGAGGUGCUGCGGGAUGCGGGGCUCAAGACCAGUGUGGUCCUCACAAAAGCGGACAAGCUGGUGAACGACACGGAUCGUGUCAUGUGGGAGAGCAGUGCGCCGCUGAGGCAGGCUUGCCUGCACAUAUGGGAGGAGAUGCGGACAGUGGAGAGGGCUGGCCAGAUGGACUGGUUCGAAGGUGACGGCUGGAACCCCGAGAUCUUUAUCACGGGCGCGGGUGACCCGAGGUUCGGGGGCAUGGGCAUCGAUGGCGCGAGGCUGUCAAUAUGCAGACUCGCAGGCCACGUUCCUACUCCCGCGAGGAAGUUCGAGGUGGCGCAGCCCGAGAUCGUGCCAUUCGACCAGCUCGUCUUCAGCACCUCUCCUUCGACGUCCACGCCGCCCCACAGCCAGCCUGCUGUCGAGGUACAAGAGGCUGAGGAGCAGAUUCAAGCGCCAGUAGGCCGUGGGCGGAUCAGACCAUGGAGAGCUAGAAAGCGCGUCGACCAGAUGGAGCUGAUGGAGGCGGCUGUAGAGCGGCCUCGAGCCAGGAGACGUUUAGGCCCGGCCUCGUUCUAG